AUGACCGUAGCAGCUUCCUUCGGGGAUGUGGGUGCGACGCCCACGGAGGUGGUGUCGGAGGACGUGGAUGUCAUUGUGGCACAGGAAGAUGAACCGGGCGUACAACCCUGGCAGUCCGUGAAGGUUUUGUGCUUCACAUGGAAUAUGGGUGAUGCCAAGCCUGCAGAGGAGGAGCUACAGCACUGGCUUCCCAAUAAGGGUGGUGACUUCGAUAUCAUAGCCAUUGGAGUCCAGGAGUGUAGCUAUGACUCAGGGAGCAGCCCCUUCCGCAAUCCGAAGCGAAGGAAGUCGCUGAAAGGCAGUGGCAAGGUGCAGCUUCCGAUGCUGUCAGGAGCAGUAGAGGAGGCCUGGCACACUUUGGGAAGCAGUCCACGCUCCACGGACAAGAGCCCCGAACGGCGGGUUAGAGACGUCCGGGAGGAAGCCUUCACUUUCCACUGGGAUGAUAUCCUGGCGGAGCGGCUCGGUGAUGGCUUCACACGGAUUCAGCAAGUGGUUCUGAUGAGCAUGCGCCUCCUGCUCUUUGCUCGUACAGAGUAUUGCGACGGUACAUUCAAGUGGUGCGGCGGCCCGCUGGUCCAUUCUGUGGAGCAGACAUAUUCUGCCACAGGGCUGAUGGCGGGCACGGUUGGCAACAAGGGCCUUGUGGUGACGCUGCAGUUUGGGCCAGCCCGGCUGUGCUUCGUCAGCUGCCACCUGGCUGCCCACAUGACGGCAGGGGAAAAACGCAACAGCGACUGCCGUGAGAUACUCCAGGAGACAUGGCCGGUUUGCCAUCAGGACUUGGACCUAUCCUGCCAGUUUGACCACUGCUUCUGGUUCGGCGACCUGAACUACCGAUUGGAUUUGGCUAUGUCAGCCGGUCUUUCCGAGCUGCCGACCAUUGCCUUGGGCAAGAACAGGGACCAAAAGGCCAACUCGGCCAAGGAGCUUGCGACUGAGCCUUCUUCUCUCUCUGCGCCCUCCAACCCUUCAAGGCCUGAUGACUUUUCCACCAUCCUGGACAUGGUUGAGAAGCAGCAGUACCUAGAACUCAUGGAGCAUGACCAACUGCGCCUCUUCCGGACUGCCCAGAAGGCGUUCGUGGGCUUCCAGGAAGGCAAUCCCAACUUUCCACCGACCUUCAAAGUCGAAAGAGCUCCAGGCAUCCGACACCAAGAGGAGAGGACCCCUUCCUACUGCGACCGCAUUCUCUGGAAGUCCUUGGAAUCUUUGCAGGGCUGCACUACCCAGCAGAAGCUGGCAUCUCCCAGUGAGGUGAGCACCAGCGAUCACAAACCCGUCUAUGCGCAAUUCACGGUGAAGACGCCGAAUGCUCUCGGGCAGCUUUUCCAGAAGAAGCUCUGCCCGGAGGCCUUUCCAGUCGUUCGCGUCAGCCACCUGAAAGCGCGAGAUGUGCCCUCGGGCCCAGGUGCAAAGUUCCGAGUUGUGUUUGUAGUGACACCACUGGAGCUGAACACAACGAAAUAUGAGAGCGGAAUCAAAUCGAUGCGGGAACCCGCAUGGAAGGCUGAUGACUUGCCUUUACUGCGGCCUGCAGUGACAUGUCAGGAAGAACUGAACACUUGUACCCUCCUGAUGGUCCUGUACAACAAGAAUGUCCGGCUGGGUUGCGUGGGCUUGCGCUUUCCUGGAUGUGACCCCUCCCACGUAACAUCCAAGCAGCGCAUCUCAUACGAUUUCCAUGCGCCCAUUGUGAACAGGAGCUGUUCCUUCGCAACAGGCCAUUUUUCCGGGACGCUGGAUGUGAACUGGAGUGAGGAAGCCAUUCAUGCUGCGAACCAAGCAGCAAGGCUCUCCACCCAACCACGCCAACAGGCCUGCUGUAUCCUGCAAUGA